AUGGGGAAAAAAGGCAAAAACGAAAAGAAAGUCAAGGGAGCUGAGAAGACCGCUGCCAAAAUGGAGAAAAAGGUUUCCAAGAGGUCCAAACGUGAAGAGGAGGACUUGGAGGCUCUGAUUGCUGAAUUUCAGAGCAUGGAUGCCAAGAAGACUCAGGUUGUAGAGACUGCAUGUCCACCUCCAUCGGCAAGGCUAAGUGCAUCCAUUUGUGCUCAUCCUGAGAAAGAUGAGCUCAUCCUAUUUGGUGGUGAGUUCUUUAAUGGGAAGAAGACAUACUUGUACAAUGAUCUGUUUUUCUACAACAUUAAGAAAAACAGCUGGGUAAAGUCAGAGAUCCCCAACCCACCUCCCCCACGAUGCUCCCACCAGGCGGUAGCAGUCUCUCAAGGUGGGGGCCAGCUGUGGGUGUUUGGAGGAGAAUUUGCAUCUCCAAACGGGGAACAAUUCUACCAUUACAAGGACCUUUGGGUGUUGCACCUUGCAACACAUACCUGGGAAAAUAUCAAAGCGCCUGGCGGUCCAUCGGGUCGUAGUGGCCACAGGAUGGCACUCAAUCGGAGACAGUUGUUGGUGUUUGGAGGGUUUCAUGAGAGCACCAGAGAUUUUAUCUACUACAAUGACAUCUACUCAUUCUCUUUGGACGCUUUCUCUUGGUCACGCCUCUCCGUGUCAGGAGUUGCCCCUUCACCGAGAUCCGCCUGUCAGAUGACCUCUACGCCCGAUGGUUCUGGUAUCAUCAUCUAUGGAGGAUACUCAAAACAGAGACUGAAAAAGGACAUUGAGAAGGGAACUAUACAUUCUGACAUGUUUCUUCUAAAGCAAGAGGGUAAAGAUGGCCAAGAAAAGUGGACGUGGUCCAGAUUGAGUCCAUCAGGAAACAAGCCUCCUCCUCGCUCAGGCUUCUCCAUGGCAGUGGGCCCGGCAGGGCGCGCCGUGUUGUUCGGUGGGGUUUGUGAUGAGGAAGAGGAGGAGACGCUGGAGGGUGACUUCUAUAACGACCUCUACUUGUAUGACACGGUGAAGAACCGCUGGUAUCCUGGAAAACUCAGGGGUAACAAAACAGAGAAGAAGAAACGUCGGCGAGGAAAGAAGAAUGAAGCCGAAGGGGAUGUAGCAGAUAAGGAGAAGGAAGAUGAUGCUUCCAAAGGGCCCACCGAGGUCAUCAAGGAGAUUGUUACCGAGGACGGCACAGUGAUGACCAUCAAGGAAAUAAUCCCUGGAGCUCAGGAGGCGGAGGAGGCCAUUGAUUAUGAUGAGGAGGAGGAGGAUGAAGAGGAGGAGGAGGAGGAGGAGGAGGAUGCGUCUGCUCUGGUGGAGCCCUGCCCAAGGUCCAGCGCCAUGGCAACCGUGCGCCAAGGCAAGCUGUUCCUUUAUGGCGGGAUGUUUGAGGUGGGGAGCCGUCAGUUCACCUUGAACGACUUCUACUGUCUGGAUCUCCACAAAAUGGACCAGUGGGAGGUCUUGGUUGGGAUGGAUCCAAAGACCCAAGAAUGGCUGGAAGAGUCUGAGUCAGAGGAUGACAAUGAGGAAGAGGAGGCGGCAGGGGGAGCAGAGGGAGGGGAAGAGGAGGAAGAGGAGUCUGAUGACACAGAUGAAGAUGAGCACCCAGCAACGAAGGAUGGCGAGACGUUGAUAGAUUACCAGGCCCGCACGGAGCACUACUGGGUAGGACUUGCUCGUACCAACAUGGGUGCAGAUGCCAAGGACAAAAAAGUAGCCAAGGUCGCCUUAGCUAUGGCGAAAGUCUUCUAUGAAGACAACUCGGAGGGCGCUUGA